UUCUUUUUAACUGGUUAUUUAUUCCAUCAUUUUACUUUGAUACGGUUUGGCCGGCGGACAAGGCCUGGGGUUUCCUUAGCCUCCUCCGCUUCUGCUGCUGGCUCUGCGCAGUCUUCCUCUCUUCCUUUCCGAACUAACGGAAUACUUAUCUCUGGAGUCUCUCGUGCGCCUCUGUCGAGACGGAAAACUCUUCUCCUCCCUCUCUGCCCAGGCUGGCUGCUGAUAAAAAAUCUCCUCCCGGUGGAGAUUUUGCUGCUUCUUGACGGCCAAAAAAGCAAAGAGAAGCAAGAGUCAUAAAAAGUUCGCCGUCCUCCCCUCGGUUACCUCACGGAGUGUGUUAUUAUUCUUCCUGUUUCUGCUUGCAGUUUGCUGUUUGCUGUUUGCUGUUUGCUGUUUGCUGCUGCUGCUGCUGCUGCUGCUGGGCUGGUUCUUCGUUGGAUGCUGAGAGACGACGAGAGUCGCCUUCGCCCUCACCUCCAUCAUGGGACGAGCAGACGAGAUCACGAUGACCAGCAAUGCCUACGCCAAAGAGGCUGGCGCUGAUAUCGAAAAGCACGAUGUCGUCACCGCCGGCGUCGAGCUCAAGAGAAGACUCAAGAGCCGACACUUGCAGAUGAUAGCUAUCGGUGGUACCAUUGGAACUGGUCUCUUCAUCGGUAGCGGCUCUGCCGUCGCCAAAUCCGGUCCUGCCGGUGCUCUGAUUGCCUAUGCCUUUGUGGGAUCCCUCGUCUUCUCAGUCAUCGCCUCGCUGGGCGAGAUGGCUACCUACAUCCCCAUUGCCGGUGCCUUCACCUCCUACGCUACCCGCUUCGUCGAUCCCAGCCUGGGUUUUGCUAUGGGCUGGAUAUACUGGUUCUCUUGGGCCAUCACGUUCGCCCUCGAGCUCACGGCUACCGGUCUGAUCAUACAGUACUGGGCCCCUCACCUGUCUGUGGCCAUCUUCAUCGGCGUCUUCUGGGCCUUCAUUACAUCUCUUAACUUGCUCCCCGUAAAUUUCUACGGUGAAGUCGAGUUCUGGUUCUCCUCCAUCAAGGUCAUUACUGUCGUGGGAUUCAUGCUCUUUGCCAUCUGCGUCAAUGCCGGCGUGGGUGACCAGGGAUACAUCGGAUUCAAGUACUGGCGUGAGCCAGGCGCAUUCGCUCCUUACUUGCUCGAUGUCAUCGGAGAGCACAGAGUGCCCCUUGGCAAGUUCCUGGGCUUCUGGUCCGUCCUGGUCCAGGCUGGUUUCUCCUACCAGGGCACUGAGCUCGUCGGUAUUGCUGCCGGAGAGACACAGAAUCCCCGCAAGGCCGUUCCCUCCGCCAUCAAGAAGACCUUCUACCGUAUCCUCUUCCUCUUCGUCCUGACCGUCUUCUUCAUCGGCAUCCUCAUCCCCUACACCAACAAGAACCUCCUCUCCAGCAACACUGAUGCUUCUGCCUCUCCCUUCGUCAUUGCAGCUAAGCUAGCCGGCGUCAAGGUGCUCCCAGACAUUAUCAACGCCGUCCUGCUCACUGUCGUGCUUUCGGCUGCCAACUCAAACGUCUACUGUGGCAGUCGUAUCGUCGUCGGUCUCGCAACCGAGAGAUGCGCUCCCAGUUUCUUCAAAAAAACCACCAGAGGCGGUGUCCCGAUCUUAGCGGUUCUCUUUACCUCCUCCAUCGGUUUCCUUGGAUUCCUUAACCUUUCAAACAACGGCGGAACUGUGUUCGGCUGGUUCCUGAACAUCAGCAGUAUCGCCGGUUUCAUCUCCUGGUCCUGCAUCAACGGGUGCCACAUCCGUUUCAUGCACGCCCUUGCGGCCCGCGGCAUCCGCAGAGAGUCACUGCCAUACAAGGCACCCUUCCAACCUUUCCUGGCCUAUUAUGGUCUAGGAUUCACCGUACUCAUCAUCCUCACCCAGGGAUUCACCGCUUUCGUUCCCUGGAAUACCUCCAAUUUCUUCAUCGCAUACGUCAGCUUGAUCCUCUUCGUUGUCUUGUUCGUCGGCCACAAACUGUGGUUCCGCACCAAGGUCAUUGACCUCAUGGAAGUCGACAUUGACUCCGGUCGUCUGGAAUGUGAUGCCGAACAGUGGGAUGAUACUGAGUAUCCUCAUCCCCAGGGCUUUCUACCGGCAAUCAAGCACCGACUUUCACGAAUGUUCUGUUAAUGCUCUUUUUCCUCUUUUUUUCAUUUCCAAUUUUGCCUUGCAUACAUGCGGUAGCCGAUAAUUAUGCUUUAUCAUGUCAUGAUAAUUUUAUUUCCUGGUUACGUCGGUUGGCUGCCCUUACUGUCAAUAUAUCCAAUGAAUCUAUCUAUAUACAUACUCAACCGGCCCCUUUCUACUUACCAUCACUUGAAUUCCAAGUUCUUUUGGAUGUAGUAUGUCUGUUCAUGGACAAUCCAUGGCCAUUGCCAUGCAGACUUCCACCCCUUAAACCUGAUUUUUUAAGCAGUACCCGCCGCUGGGCCCUA